AUGGAGACUGGGCGCCGAAGCACAGGUGUCUCGGCGACAAACCUUCAUGUGCUAGAUCGCCCACUGAGCCGAGGCAAGAGUGAGGUAAGUCUCAGCGCAUUUUCGUUUCUCUUCUCCGAGAUGGUGCAAUACUUUCAAGGUCGCGUGCAAAAUAUCUCGGAUUUGGAAAAUCGACUCGAUGGCGCUGGAUUCGGCGUGGGUGUGCGUAUCGUGGAGCUGCUAUGUCACCGCGAAAAGUCGGGCCGGCGGGAAACGCGUCUGCUGUCGAUGUUGCAAUUUAUUGUAUCGACGUGCUGGAAAGCUCUCUUUGGCAAAGCAGCGGACGCGUUAGAGCGUAGCACGGAGAACGAAGACGAGUACAUGAUUCACGAGUUGGAACCACUUACUAAUAAGUUUGUGUCGGUACCACCCGAUCUGGGGCAAUUAGAUUGUGCAGCCUACAUUGCCGGUAUCGUGCGCGGCAUUUUGUGCAGCAGUGGCUUUGUCGCCGCAGUCACGGCGCACACAGUUGAGGUUCCUGGGGGACAGAGAGACAAAACUGUUUUCUUGGUCAAGUUUGAUGAAAGUGUUCUUCGGCGUGAACGAAUACUGACAUGA